AUGCUCUCGCGGCUUACAAUAAGUGCUCAGGACUUUUGGCACCCAAGAAAUAGCAUGUCUGAUGAUGAAUUCCUUCGGAUCAAUGCAGCUGUGGCUGAAGCAACAAAGAGCAUACUGGCACGCAGGGAUCCAGGUGGAUGCACCAUCUGCCUCUUGAGCACAACAUUCUACCUGAGAGAUGAUAUCCCUAUAUCUGUUGGGCAUACUGUUGGCAAUGCCAUGGCGACACACAAGAUUGAGAAAGUCGAAUUCACAGUUUUAACAGAGAAGGCUGUGGAGUGCACUGUUGAUGAUUUGCUGAACUAUGGGACACAGUUUGUGUCAUUUUUUAACGAGUGUCUGAACGUAUUUGCUCGUCUGACACGCCUUCACCUGGAGAAUUUGAGAUUUGCUGAAUCUGACUUUGCCUCCAACAUCCUUGUCACUUGUAAGCAGUUAAAAUAUUUGGGUUUUCGCAAUUGCGACACAGAGAGUUGGAUAACGCUCCAAGUUGAACACGCACAACUCAGUGAGCUCAGUAUCUUCGAUUGCCAAUUUGACAAGGUUGAACUCAAUUGGCACAAAAUGGUCAAGUUAAGUACGUUGCUUCCUGAGACCUUCGUACGAGACCUGAGGCUGGGGUUUAAAUGUGAAAAGAUUUGGGUUCAACCAGAGUGCCGGUCCAGAAGGCUGGCAUAUGUGUUCCACCGAUUAAGGUUUGUUAAUCUAGUCCUCAUUCCUGAAGGCUAUGAUCUCACCUGGACAUUGUUCAUUCUGGAAGCUGCGCCAUCCCUCGAGGAGCUCUACAUGACGGUAAUGGAUCAUCAUUGUGAAAUGCAGAUGGAUAAGGAGAAGAGGAGAGAAGGCUUGUAUAGCGAGAACAAGGGUGUAGAGUGGAAAUCACCUAAUCCAAAUUUCAAGCACCACCGCCUUACCAGCUUUGUGAUGUUCUGUUUUCAGUCUGAUGACUACAUGGUGAGUCAUGUCAGACGCGUCAUGGAAGCAGCGGUGAAUCUGAAGGAUGUGUACCUGUAUGAUAGACUGCCAUGUAGCAAGUGCCUACUUGUACUAAAUUCGAGUCAAUUAAAAAGGAACGGAGGGAGUAGAUGUGAAGGCGAAAAGGUUUCCGCGGACAGAGAAGCAAAGGUUUUCGAUGAAGAAGCGAAUGACGCUGGCCAUCAGGUCACUUGCCUUUAUUCACUUCCUGAGCCCUGCUGGGAUGAGGGCUGA